AUGAUUUUCUACAUCUGGAGCAUUAGAGUGGCCAAGGUUCUAAGAAAAGCUGCAUCUACACGGCUUUUGCGCGCUGUACUCGAGUCCAAUGCGUUUUGCAGAGACAAUGACAAGCUCACAGAAGAUGCACGCAUCUCCAUUGAGGCUUUACAGAACGCUCCUAGAGUAGCCGAACCUGAGGAAGACCUGGCGUUGCAACUGGACUUGUCCGGCUCCAGCGUUCUGUUUCAUAACGACCUCGAGUUUUCCGAACCACUGUCGCCCGCUGGCAGCUUCCUGACUGCCAUAUGGCCGUGGGACUGUUGGGAUGAUGAUCGCUCAUGGGCAAUAGCUGAUGCUGAGAUCGAGAUCGAAUUCGACAAUUUUGCAUCCGCCUGCAUGGAUAGCCUCCUACACAUCGACCUCGACACAAUUCAUCUGAUGGGACUGAUGCGAAUAGUCGCUGUGCUCGAGCAUGGUGCCGGCGAAAAAACCCUUGCAGAGUUCAAUAAGCUUAAAGGCGAGGGUCGAAGCCGUCAGACCGAGACAUACAUGUUUUUGUUGGCUGCUAUGUAUUUCAGCUCUGAACUAGGUCGAUUCCAUGAUCUCGACCGCGAGCCGGCCGAGGUGGCCAAGUACAAAGGCCUCAUCGCCCAGUUCGCCGUGUUGGCCAGCAAAGUCGUCCCGGAGACUGUUGAAGUAAAAGCACAGAAGGAGAAACUAUCGGGGAAGAAGGAACUUGAACGUCUCGCUCGAAAGGCGGCGGAUCCCGAUCAAGAUAUCCUGUACUCGAUCCGGGGUCAAGUCAGGCGCGUUUUUGUAUGGAUCUCGAACCCUUUUGUGACCAGCUCCUUUGUGGGACCAGCGACCACUACGUCGGUAUCGGUUGAUGUUGAACUGGCUACUAUGUUAUCAUUCUCGGUGGAAGUUCGUCGACAUAUGAGCCUGGUUGAUGACGCUGAAGAGGCAGCCAAGGGAGAUGAUUGGACUAUGGCUGAUGAGGCGUUGAACAAGGCGCUUAGGUUGGAGGUAAACGUUACGGAGAAUAAUUGCACGAGUAGGAUUGGAUUGAUCCAACUACAAAAGAUGGCUGCGGAGAAGCGAAAGGAUGAUGAGAGGGUUUAUAAGAUAUACUAUUAA